UUUAUUUUUAUUUUAACGUUUCGUGGAAAGUUGUCGUCCAUUUUUACCGAACACCGACAGCCCGCCUUGAACUGAAGCGACUGUUGACGGUGUAACACACCAGGGGAAUGUUGACGGUGUAACACCAGACGCCGCUCGCUUCUUGUCUUCACUGUGAAUUUUCCUCUUUUUUGUUUUACCGUCGUUUUCUGUUAAAUUCUUCACUUACUAUCCGUCGUAAAUGAGUUGCGGGGCAGACAGCGACGAUGACAGCUGCCGUAAACGGAGGGUGUCGUACGUGUACAGCCCGGAGUACAUUGAAACUUGCGACAGUUUAUCCAAAGUGCCAAACCGGGCAAGUAUGGUGCACUCACUGAUAGAAGCCUAUGGACUCCUUGAACACAUGAGCACCGUUAAACCUAAACUGGCCACCAUAGAGGAAAUGGCUAAAUUCCACACAGACUCUUACCUGGAGCAUCUUCACAAGAUCAGCCAGGACGGAGACAACGACGACCCCCAGUCGUCCGACUACGGCCUGGGUUACGACUGCCCGGUGGUGGAGGGGAUCUAUGACUAUGCAGCAGCAGUAGGGGGCGCCACACUCACAGGAGCCCAGUGUUUGAACGAGCAGAAGUGUGACGUGUCUAUUAACUGGGCUGGAGGAUGGCACCAUGCCAAGAAGGAUGAGGCGUCAGGUUUCUGUUAUGUGAACGAUGCCGUGUUGGGAAUCCUCAGACUGAGGGAGAAGUACGAGCGAGUCCUCUACGUGGACGUCGACCUGCAUCACGGAGACGGUGUAGAAGAUGCUUUCAGCUUCACAUCCAAAGUCAUGACCGUCUCUCUGCACAAGUUCUCUCCUGGAUUCUUCCCAGGCACAGGCGACCUGAGCGACACGGGGCUGGGGAAAGGCAGGUGGUACGCCGUGAACGUCCCGAUGGAGGACGGCAUCAAGGACGACAGAUACUUCCAGAUUUUCACCAGUGUGAUGCAGGAAGUGCGGGCGCAGUUCAACCCGGAGGCGAUCGUGAUGCAGCUGGGCGCCGACACCAUGGCGGGCGACCCCAUGUGCUCCUUCAACAUGACCCCUGUGGGGGUGGGCAAGUGUCUGCAGUACGUCUUAGGCUGGCAGCUACCCACACUGCUGCUGGGAGGAGGGGGCUAUAACCUGGCUAACACGGCUCGUUGUUGGACCUACCUGACCGCCGUGGUGCUGGGAAAGACUCUGUCCUCGGAGAUACCAGACCACGAGUUUUUUACAGAAUAUGGACCUGACUACUCGCUGGAGAUCAGCCCAAGCUGUAGACCCGACCGUAACGACUCUAAACACCUGGACCAGGUCAUCAGCACCAUCAAAGGGAAUUUGAAGAAUGUGGUUUAAGACUCAGCAGCCUCAGCCUCCUCACUCACACACACACACACACACACACACACACACACACACACAGAGUUUCCAAACCAGGUCGAGGCUCUGCGGCUUUAAUGAAGACAAUAUGGAGCGGACCCCUUCGGCCCCGAGGCACUGAGCGAACGAGGGAGGGAACGAGAGAGCAAGAGAAGGUUUUGGAAAACAUUAGCCGAGUGUUUCCAGGGGAAAACAGUUUAAUAACG